GUACUCGCCAUGCCCGUGGUUGCUGCCACCUGCUGUAUCAUCCGGUGGAGAGCUUUAUAUUGCCGAAGCCAACGUUAUACGCACGCGGUAUGUCAAUAUUUCCCGGAUGCUGUGCUGUUUCAGCGAGUAGCCAAUCACACGUGGCGAUGGACAGAAAACAUUGCCGAUACAGGUGUCUCCUCGCCUUACAGUAAUCCAAUUUUUUUAAAACUCUAUUUACUAAAUGUUCCGCAAUCGCCAAAGGCUGUGUAGAACCGUGCUGUAAUCUGUGGGCUCGGAGCACUCCACUGCUAUAUAAACAUGGCGCCCUCCACAGUCUCCUCAGGUGACUGACAGGCUCCCGCCACAUCUACAGAGCCCUCUUCACACGGCGGAGGCGUCACCCACUGCAGCCAAUCAGAUCACUGCUUUCACUGCCUCAGCUGCAGGGCAGAAGUAAAAGCUGGCGUCUGAUUGGCUACGUCUCUAUGAGGAGCGGCCGCUGCGCCCGGGGCCGAGAACCUCUGUCCUGAGGCCGUACCCGGCGUGUGUAAUAUCGCGCCUUGUGUUCCUUAUAUUCGGCGUCGUACACAGCGGCCGCCCCGCCCUUCCUCCUCCCGGCAUGCUUUGCGCGGGGCCGCCCAGCCUCCGGUUCCGGUGGGGGGAGGAGGAAGAAGCCGCCGCUGACACCGGUCGACCGGCCCGGGAGGAUGCGGGCCUCCAUGUGAAUUAUGAACAUUGGAAACAGCAGCAUCGAUGGUUUUCUUAAAUGUGGCCACACGAGUGUCCUGCAGUGCCCCUCCAGGGGUCUGCCAGGAAUAGGGGAAGCUGAGCAGCCCUCCUCCACCGCACGGACAGACCCCAGCCCGGGCCUAGGGGGUGCAGCUUUAUCAGGACGCGAGGAGAUGAUGUCACAAGAUGAGCUGAUGGUACAGGAGGAGACGGUGAAAAAUGACGAGGACGUGGACUCCCAGGAGAGGUUGCUGCCCCCAGGAUUCCAGUACACGGUUCAGGUGAAACAAGAGAUCAAAUUCACAGAGGAAAUGGAGACGGAGAACAAGCAGCUCCCAGAGCCGUUCGACCUUCAGAAGAAGAAAAAAAGGAAGCAGAGAUCCCCGGCCAAGAUCCUCACCAUUAAUGAGGACGGCUCGCUGGGUCUGAAGAUCCCCAAGUGUCAUGUCUGCGAGCACUGCAACGCGGCCUUCAGAACCAACUAUCACCUGCAGAGACACGUCUUCAUCCACACAGGAGAGAAGCCGUUCCAGUGCAGUCAGUGUGAUAUGCGCUUCAUUCAGAAGUAUCUGCUGCAGAGACACGAGAAGAUCCACACGGGAGAAAAGCCUUUCCAUUGUGAUGAGUGCGGAAUGCGCUUUAUUCAGAAAUACCACAUGGAAAGACACAAGAGGACGCACAGUGGAGAGAAGCCGUACCAGUGCGAAUACUGCCUGCAGUACUUCUCCAGGACCGAUCGUGUACUGAAACACAAGCGCAUGUGCCACGAGAACCGAGAGAGGAAAUCAGGGAAAAGCUCCAGCAAAUCCCCCCUCCUACUCCCCGACGGCGACAUCUGCUUCACUGCCGUGAGUAAAGAUGGAGCUUUUCCCAAGAAGAAGCAGAGGGUGGAUAAGAUGAAGGUCUUAGGAAUGAUCGAGAAGGAGAACCCUAUGGAGAAAGUGGAGCAAAAGAAGGAGAAGAGCGACUUCCUGCCCCUCUUCCCCGACAGCACCAAAGUGAAGGAUGAGUUCAUGGUGGCCGAGUAUGCGCUGGAGCUGCCGCACCCCUCCGUCAGUGACUUGCACUUAGAGGAACCUGUGUCUGGAGAGGUCAGUCCUCCAAAGCUGCUGAUUAAGAAAGUAAACAGCAAGAAGAGCAUGAAGCACGCGCUGGAGCAGGGCCCGGCCCUGGCAGCCCUGUCCACUUUUGAUGAUGGCAAAGUGGCAAAGUACACGUUUGAACUUGUGGAUAAGCAGGCGCUGCUGGACUCGGGAAGCAAUUCCGACAUGGAUCACAACGAUCCUCUCCAGGAAGGAAGCACCAAACCAGCCAAUAGCAGCGUCAGCUAUGACGAGGCCAUGCAGUUCUCCAAGAAAAAGCGCUAUCUGCUGGCCGCCAGCACAACUAACAGCAGGGAGUACGCUCUGAAUGUGGGCACCAUGGCCUCUCAGCCAUCUGCCACCCAGGCAGCAGUGGCCAGCGUCAUAGAUGACAGCGGCACAGCUGCCCUCCUAGAUCCCCAGGCGUUGAGUGUGGACCUUAAAACAAACCACGAUAAGAAUGUGAUUCCAGACGAGGUGUUGCAGACGCUGCUGGACCACUACUCGCACAAAGCCAACGGCCAGCAUGAGAUCUCUUUCAGUGUCGGAGAUACUGAGGUGACUUCCAGUAUUUCCAUAAACUCUUCCGAGGUGGGGGAAUCCAGCCAGCCAGAGACUUUGGGGGUGUCCGCCCAGGUCCCGCAGUCUGACAAGGCCAGCAUGUUGCAGGAGUAUUCUAAAUUUUUGCAACAGGCGUUGGAACGGACUAGCCAGAACGAUGCCUAUCUGAGCAACGCAAGCCUUAACUUUGUCACUGACAGCCAGGGUCUCCCCAGCACCACCACCUUCCCCCCACUGGACAAACACAUCUAUGCCACACUACCCAUCAGCACUUUCCGGGCGGGUCUGAGCGCCCCCCUCAGAGUGUCCCCCGACAAAUCUCACUUCGGCCUCAUCGUGACCGACUCCCAGAGCGCCUUCAGCUUUACGGCGGAUGAUGGCAGCCACUCGUCCCCUGCGUCCUCCUCUUCAACACAGGAUUUUAUAGAGCAAGUGACUGGACAGAAGAAGACUGAAUCUCAGGCUGUCCACCAGUCGUACCAGCUGAAUGCCUUUGAGCCUUCCUUCAGGGCACAGUACCAGGGCAGUCGGCCUGGGAUAUCGCCCCAAUUCAGUGCUGCCAAUGGACAGGUCACCCUCCGGCAGCCGGCCACCAGCAACGAUUUUGCAGACUUUUCCCUGGUAAAUGUUAAUGAAAGCAGGACCUAGAUGGCUUCUCCCCCUGACCCCGCCACCAGCCAGACCUUUGGCUGAUUCAAUGUUACAGCCUUUGUCAGCGGAGGGGGUUGGUGCAUAUUGCUAAACAUAAUAAGCCUUUCCAGCAGCCGCCG